AGAGACUGUACUGGAGCAGAUCGGCAUUCCUCCUGGCCACGUGCGUGGGCUCCGCGAUUCUUUUGACCGGCCAUGGCCUGGGCCCCCAAUCCCCAUGAGCUGCAACGUGCCUGCCGGACGUGUUGCAGCGGCCGGUUCCGGCACGUGCAGCCCAUCGAGAUGAGGGUCGACGAUGGGGAUAUCGAAGAGGAAGUGGCCUUCUUGAAAGGCCUCACCCGGACAUGUCGAUGGAUUGGCCUAGCCCACUUUCUGGUGACCCCCCUGGUCUUCACAAUGGCCAAGCUGGACUUUGCGCAGCUUACCUUUGCGUUCAUCCUCUUUCAAGUCUUUGUCUCUCUGGCGGCGCAGGUCCGCGUCCGGGAGGGCUUGUGCUCCUGGCUGCAGGACCAAGCAGAGGACUGGCAAGAACACCUGGAUGCAAUGCGGCCAGAGCCGGGGAUGGCAUUGCUCCCAGUGCAUGAACUGUGCAUCUACAUGGGCAGCCUCACCGAGGCCCUGGACCCGGCACUGGACGCCUGGACUGCGGCCAACUCCGAAACCAUGUGCGCAUCGAGGUGCUUGGCCUCCUUUGAGACCUCCUGGAACAUGCCUGUAUUGGGCCCGGCGAUCGGUCGCCUGGGCUUACCCGGGGUGCUUCUUCUGGUCUUGUGCAUCUCCGCAGUCGGGCAAUUCCUGGAAUUUCUGCGGCAAGAAUGUAAGGUACAUGAGAAGCUGGAGCUCCUGAAGGACGCUUUUCCCUAUGAGGAUGUUGAAGAGGCGGUGAAGCACCGAUGGCAGGUGUGGAUUUACAUGAGCCACAUGACAGAUGUCGGCGGCGCCAUGUUACUGCAUGACCUCUUCCUAGCACUGGUGAGGGUGGAGAUUUCCUUGUCCAAUCAGAUUUGGCCAGUGCCGGGCCGAGAGGCCUCGUUUCGAUUCAAAAUCGCAUUGGAAGCCUUGCCAUCCCUUUGGCUACAGAUCACCUUGCUUACCUUGACGUGGGAAUCAGCCAGCAACUACCACCUGGCUGUGACCUUGGUCUCGGUGGCCUGCUCUUACGUCAAUAUCGUGAAGCACUUGUCCUUGGCCUUGGAAUCCCUGAGAGAAAGUCAUGGGAGAGCCUUCGACGAUGCCGAUUCAUCGCCGACUCCACCGCCAGGCGCGGUGCGUGCGAUUAGCGCCAAGAGUGACACCAAGUCCUUCGAACAUACAUUGGAGCUGGCAGAACAAAAAGGCCAGCGCAAGCGACGGAACAGGCACUACGACUGUCCUUUGGCAUGCUUGUUCAUUUGCGGAGUCUUCAUCCUAUUGGUUUGCAGCCUUCGUCUCGCUGGGAUCUGGCUUUGCGCCAGUCAUAAUCUGAGUCUCACCAGCGGCUGCCAACUCACCACGGGGCUUUGAAAUUGAACAGUUCACUACUGUGUUGUGCGC